AUGACCGAGUCACCCUCCGAGUCACUCUCUGACUCGCCCUUCAACCGCAACAUCGACGACAAGAAGAACGAUAUCGUGCCCGAAAUCCCAAUUGAGAUUGUGAGCGAGGAAGAGAUGGCUCUGCUCGAAGCUGCUUUGGUCUCCGCCCGCGCUUCCUUCUCUGCAAUCCCUGCAAUUCGCUGCUCAACAUUUUCGUUCCGCAGCAACGUCAGGUCUAUUAAGUCGAUCACUGCUUUAUCCAAGAGGAGGUUAUCGGGUUGCUCCGAACCCGAUAUUGAGGAUUCGGGUGGUUUGAAGAGUGCCCAGAAGAAGACUCGGAUGGCUGACUCGUUUUUGCACCGGUUUAGGAAGAAGGGCUUGUCUGUAACUGAUAUUACUGCCACGGAAUGGUGUGAAAAACAAAUGGAGUUUGUUUUACUUGUUGGCAAGCGAAAAGUCAGCAAGGCUAUGAAAAAAGGCAGUGCUCGCCAUGCAAAACUUGAGGAAGAGGUUGUAAAAAAAGUUAAAGUUCGUAUCAAAUCAAUAGAAGAUAGAUGGGCUCUGAAGCUUCUGAAUUUUAUAACUGGAGUAAAUCAAUUAUUAUCUGAAGGAUUGACGCGUGAGCUGCCACUAAUAGGUUUUGCAGAAGGGGUAUGGAUGGUGGGAGUGAUUGAUGAGAUUCAAAUGCCUGUAACAGAAACCAUCAGAAACCCAUUAUUAGUUGACACAAAGACUCGUGUGAAAGAUACACUUCCUGCUGAACCACAACGAAGAAAUGGAAGGCUUCAAUUAAUGUGCUACAAGUAUAUGUGGGACGAUUUAGUUGCUGAUAAAUUCCCAUCCAAAAAGUUUUUUGAUUUCUUUUCCUUAAAUCCUCAUCAUAUCUUAUCUGAUGAAAUCAGAGAGAUGACUGCUAACUCAGGGUUCUCUGCAGAGACCCUUGAUGAUGUACUGAGAUACUAUAGAAACACGUGUAGCAUGCUCCCCCCUGCUCAUGACCAGCUGUUAUUGAGAUAUGAGUUACAGAAAGAUCAUUCAUUACUUGGUGAAGAUGAGUUUGCAUAUGACUCUGAUUGGGUCAAGAAUCAAAUUCAGGGUUGUCUUGAGUUCUGGCUAGGAGAGCGAGAAGCCAGUUACACUCCUGAGGAAGAGCAAUGGAAAUGCGGGUUCUGUCAAUAUUCUUCUGUCUGCCCUGCUAAAAAUGGUAACCAUAAUGAUCCACCAAGUUAG